CUUGUACACAUCAUUCUGUGUACAUAAAUAAUCUAUGAACAAAAAUACUAUUAAAGGUAAUUUUUUUUGUCAGAAUACCAUCAAAUUUCAUUCAUUCAACUUGAACAUUGAAAUUCAUCAAGAUGAAAUUAGUUUCUAUUAGUAUAAUUGGAAUCUUCAGUUUGCUUAUUUCACAAGAAUAUGGUUAUUUGAUUGAUAUUCCAAAUCAAAAACAAUAUGUGAGAGACAAAAUGAAUUCAUUGAAUGAAUAUUUAGCUUCAAGAAAUAUUGAAAAGCAAUUCACCGAAGAGGAAUUUUCCAGACUGGUAAAUUCCAUGUUAAAGAAGCAUAUCGAAGACAAUAAGAAGGAUAAACAUCCUACUCAGAAAGAAAUCUACAAACCUAUAACGCCAAAGGAAAUAAAUAAUGGAACGUCAGACAAACCUCAGUCCAUAGCCGAUAUUUUCUUAAUCAAUAACCCAAAGGUUCCUUUGUGGAUUGUAAAUCCUCUAUACUACAUGGUCGAGAAGUUUGUGCAAAUUAUGGGAUAUUUACUAGAAGACGAUGAUACUUUAGAACUCAACUUGCCAAAAGACUAUUACGACAAUUCAAUAUGAGAAUGUUUUUCAAUAUUUGGAAAAAGUACAUAGUAACGUCAAUUCAUAACUAAAAACUCAAAUAAUUAGCAUAACUUAAUAUUUGUUUUAAUCUGAUAUAAAUUUUCAACAUUUGCAUAGAAUUAUAAAUAAAAACAACUUAACAUAUAAAGUAUUGCAUUCUAUAUUUGGAAAUUUAGACAAUAAUUAAUUAGAUUAAUAUGACUCGAAGGGGGUAUGGAUCUAAGAUAUCUUUGUAUUCUUAUGCGCCUAAACACUGUUGUUCCACUUUUCGUCCGAUUAGAGUAUGGUCAAAACAGAAAAAAAACAUUAAAAUAUACAUGGUGUCUUAUUUGGAUAACCAGUGAAAUAUGUAAAUGUACACACAGGCAACAGCAUAUAAUUUAAGGAAGGCAGAAAUUUGUUAAUCAUAUAAUCCACAAAUAAACAACUAACAUGUAUGAUCAUCAAGGGUUGUGCUAAAUAUUCAAACCUGAAC